GGGAGCCCUAAUUGCCCAUUGAUCUGCAGCAGUGUUCCUCCGGAGCUUACUCAUCUUCAGUCAUCAACGUCGCCAGUCCACCAAUCUUCACCUCCCUCAGCGCCUCGCUCUCAUUUCGGCUGCGCAUUCAGUCACCCUUGCUCAGCGCUUAAUUCUCAUCUCAUAGCGUAAGGCCACUGAAUUGCCCUUACGGAAGCCAAAAAUGGGUUUGAACUAAUAACUUGCUACCUUAGGAGGAAAGUUCAUUAACAACUUGAGAAAUGCACUUAGUUUUAAGAACAAGGCAUCUCCUACCCGGUGUGUUUACAAACAUCGUUCGUUCCCCUGUGGUUGCCUUCAACUUAAAUGGAUUACGUAGAAAUUACGCUCAACCUGCUCGGAUAGAGGAGGAAGAGGAGGAAGUGGAAAUUGACCAGAGAAGGCUUCCAGCUGAUUACGAUCCAGCAAAUUUCGAUCCAACACAGCAUCGCAGUCCUCCAACUGAUCGUGUUUUUAGGCUUGUGGAUGAAAUAUCAGGACUCACAUUAGUUGAAGUUGCUGAAUUAUCUUCCAUUUUGAGGAAAAAAUUAGGAAUGACAGACAUGCCAGUGGUUGGAGUUAUGAAACCAGGAGCUGCCGGAUUAGCUGGUAUGGGUAUGAAGGCAUCAGCAGCAGCUUCCAAGGAGGAGAAGAAGCCAGAAAAGACUGUUUAUGAAUUGAAAUUAGAGUCUUACGAAGCAGCUGCAAAGAUUAAAAUUAUAAAGGAGGUAAGAAGUUUCACGGAUUUAGGGCUUAAAGAAGCAAAGGAUCUAGUGGAGAAAACGCCAUCAGUGUUGAAGAAGGGAUUGUCAAAGGAAGAGGGUGAACAAUUGAUUGAAAAGAUGAAGGCACUCGGUGCAAAAGUCAUCUUGGAAUGAAUUUCUUCUACAACACUUUGAUAAAAGUCACGAUCCACCUCCAACACAGCCUCGAUGACAAUAUGGCGGACAUCACUGAGAUCCUAGGCGUGGUUAACAAAUAGGCCACAGGACGAUAGGCCUAAAUGCAACGAGUGUGGGAAGAACCCCUCCAACACAGCCACAACAACAAUCUGAUAGAUAUCACUGAGAUCCUAGGUGUGGUCAGGCCACAAGACGAUAGGCCUAAAUGCAACGAGUGUGGGAAGAACACCUUCAACACAUCCACAACGAUAAUCUGACAAACAUCACUGAGAUCCUAGGCGUGGUCAACAACGAUAGGCCUAAAUGAAACGAGUGGGGGAAGAACACCACCUCCAACACAUCCAUAACGACAAUAAUCUAAUAGACAUCACUAAGAUCCUUGGCGUGGUCAACAAACAAGUCGGUAUGAAAAUAAACAAGACAAUAGGCCUAAAUGCAACGAAUCUGAGAAGAAUCGUUAAGGGCAAUGUUUAGCCUGUACCAGAACCCGUUAUCAUUUUCAUUGGCUUCUCCAUUGUUGGAAAGAAUACAUUAUAUAAUGAGGAUGUAAAUCUUUUUUCA